AGCGCGUCGGGGCCGCCCCCCGCAGCCGGAAAAGCGACCGGUGCCGCGGGGAGAGCAUCGAGCAGGGGGAGGCGGCGGACUGGCCCCCGCCUGCCGCUUUCCCGCCGCCCUUUGCUGCAGGAGUGGUGCCGGGGAGGAGAGGCGAGCCCGGGACUGCCGGUGAGCGGCGGCGCGGCGGGCAAGGCUGCCCCGGAGAAGCUGCUGUGGCUCCACAGCGCUUUGGCUAAACUCACGGCAGCGAGUGCUCGAAGUGUGGAUGCUGCGAGCUUUUUGAGAACUAUAUGUGCUUAAUAGAAUACGGCAGCUGUGAAGCAGACUAAAACUUGAUGAAAUACCUUGUAGCUGCUGCUUUUCAUGCAAGUAUUUCUGAAUUGCUGUAGGGAAAACUUUUAAGCCUGCUUGCCUUAAUGAGUAAAGAAGAUAAUUAAAAUAAUUACUGAAUAUGAAACUCUGAGGCCUGUGGAAGUGGAUGUCUGAUACAGCAAGGGAAGCUGCAAGACGAACUUCCUCUGAUCCCGGGUACGAUAAAGGUUAAUACUGUUAGAUGCAAGGCAAACAGAAGAGGUUACAAUGUAGUGUAAGUUGCCUUGCUGUAAGGAGAAAGGCAAUGAUGAUUUUACUCAGACUUGAUUGCUGUAACACAAGGACUGGCUGUAAGCCUUAUCUCUUCUGGCAGCAACUUGUUUUGAAGACUUCAUUGAUGGAGCUGCCUGGCCUUGCUUUUGCUCUUUGGAUGUUUAUUUGCUUGUAUGCACCUGUGGAUGGCUAUCCCAGUGGAAAAGUAAGAGAAGCCUGCACCAGCAUGAUACCCUGUCAUGGUAGCUCUCCACAGCCGUCACCUGAGCACACCAUUACAGUGAACGGGACUGAAUUUAAACCAGGGGACAACAUAGAAGUUCAUCUGUUUGGACCAGAUUUUGAAGGAUUUUUCAUACAAGCCCGGGAUGCAGAACACCUGGAUAGCCCUGCAGUUGGUUCUUUCAUGUUAGUUGACCGGAGACUUUCUCAGCUUCUGACAUGUGGCCGUACCAAGAAUUCAGCUGUCAGUCACACAAGUAAAGCAAAAAAGAAAUAUGUGAAAGUUUAUUGGAUUGCUCCUGGAGAUGCACCAAAACGUGUGCAGUUUCUAGCCACAGUUGUGAAGAAAUACAAGACCUUCUGGGUGAAGAUUCCUGGUCCCAUUGUUUCUCAGCUUAAUGCUUUGUCCCCAGCAACACCCUUGCAUGCAACAUCAGAGGCUAUAUCAGCUUCACACCCAAUUUCCUACUUAUCAAAACCAUUUAAUGCAUCAGGUUGUGGAAGUAUGAAGUUCUGCAUUAGGAACCCUUCCAGCUGUGAUCCUGAAAGUGCUUCCUGUUUUUUUCUAUCCUUCCAACAAGAGAAGAGCUCAGUAUUUAUUGAAAUGAGUGGUCCAAGUGAAGGGUAUCUAGCAUUUGCAUUGUCCCAUGACCAGUGGAUGGGUGGUGAUGAUGCAUAUCUGUGUGUUAAUGAGAACCACCAUGUUCAUGUGAGCACUGCCCAUCUGAAGGGGCGAAGUCCUCCUGUUUUGGAUUCAGAGAAUGCCCUUGAAGAUGUGUCAUGGAGGCUUGUGGAUGGUGUUCUUCAGUGUUCUUUUAGAAGGAGUAUUCGUCUUCCUACUUAUAAAGGGAGAUUUAAUCUGGAUUCCAGUUACUAUAUCUUCCUGGCAGAUGGGGAAGCUAGUGAAGGUGGACGAAUAUACAAACAUCAUCGCCAGCCUCUGAUCACCAAUGGAAUAUACAACGUCACAGGCCUUCCUCAGGAUAUUGGAGGUUCCCGGUCCCCACGCCUUAUCAAGGCUCAUGGAGCGCUAAUGUUCGUCGCUUGGAUUACCACAGUUAGUAUUGGUGUUAUUGUUGCACGAUUCUUCAAACCUGUCUGGUCUCAUUCAUUCCUGUUUGGAAAGGAGAUGUGGUUUCAGGUGCAUCGUAUGCUUAUGUUGACCACAGUCAUGCUUACAAGUAUUUCUUUUGUGCUGCCUUUUAUAUACCGAGGAGGUUGGAGCAAACAAGCAGGUUUUCAUCCCUAUCUCGGCUGUACCGUGAUGGCUCUGACAAUCUUUCAACCACUUAUGGCAGGUUUCAGACCAUCUCGUCAUGCACCAAGGAGGCAAUUGUUUAACUGGUUUCACUGGAGUACUGGUACGACAGCUAGAAUACUAGCUGUGGUGACUAUGUUCUUGGGAAUGGAUCUACCAGCACUUGACCUCCCAGACCCAUGGGACACCUACACAAUGAUUGGUUUUGUAGCUUGGCAUGUCGGUACUGAUCUUCUGCUGGAAAUACACAGCUACUGUCUCGUACGUAAAGGUUCAAGACUUCUGCGGUGUCAAAGUGGGGAAAAAAACCUUCCUCUUAAGAGAAGACUUAAUUGUGGUUUUUUUCCCUUCCCACUAACAGUUGAAGUGAUAGAGGAUGAUAGAGUACAGAUACUGCAGUCGCUCACAUCUGCAGAAGCAGAGGGUCGGCUGUUUAAACAGAUUGUGUUAACCAUCUAUGUCUGUGGAAAUGCGGUAUUCCUCAUUGCCUUCCUGGCAGCAAUCAACCAAAUAUGAAAUAAGUCAUUGAAAAUUUUAUGAUGAAAUAUUGUGCAGUUGAAAAACCUGCAAGGAAUGCUUUCUAUUACAGAUUUCCCUCCAACAUCUCCCUGAAGACGUAAUUGAAGAAUAAUAGCACACGUGCAUCAUACUCGGUGUUAGGGAGAACUUGAAUUCACAUCUAUAGAAGGAUGCUGCAGUCUUACAAAAGCUGUCUUCUGAUGGGACUUUUAAUGGGAGUCUUUGCCUGAGUAAGAAAUGAAGUCUCUAUUUUUUUUAAGUGUGGUAAUUAACUUGAUUGAAGCUUAUAGGUCAAGAAGACUGAGAAGAUGUGCUGAAAAUGCUGUUUUGGUAGUCAUUUCCCUAAACCUUUUGUGAAUGUUACUGGGAAAACUGGAAAGAUUGAUCAGGAAUCUUACCAUGUCUGUUCACUCUACUGUGUUCUAAUGGCAUGUGAUGUGACAACUUCCUGCUCAUGACAGUUUUGUGCAUUAAAAAACCACCACCACACCAUAGUGAAAAACUGUCACAAAUGCAGAUUGAUGCAUGAGCUAAAUGCUGUUGUCUAUCUUUGCAGUUAAAUGCAAAAAAUAUUCUCUCUGCUCUAAGAGCAGUACACUUACACAAGCAUAUAGGUCUGGGAACUUCAGUCCUUUAGUAAAACCACCAUUUGCCUCACUCAAAAUACUGUUCUGUCCAGUCACCCUCAGUGCUUCUAAACCAUAAAGAGAAAACCUGUUUGCAAUAUAAGUGCAUUAAAACUAGUUGUACUUACCCAAAACUCAAGCACGAAGAACCGAUCUCUGUGUAUGGAUUUCUGUGUUUUGCUGUCUUUGAUUGCUUGUGGCUUCCAAAUUUAUUUUUUUUCUGUGAAUAAGAUGGAUUUAUGCCACUUAAUGCUUAAAUGGAAGUGAAAAUAUUUGAUCAGGAAUGUUUCGGUUUUAUUUGUGCUAUUGAGCAAAAUGUAGAUUAGGAGUUGGUCUGGCUUCAGGAAAAGCAACUUCCGUUAAUGCUAAGCGAGAGUCCUUUGAGUCAGCAUAUCUAGGAGACAGAACUGUCUUUAUAAGAAUAUGGGAGGGCUUUUUUUUUUUUUAGUCAACAAAAUAUUUAUCUAAAUAUAUGAACUAGGUACAGGGAAUGGAAAGAGACUAUAUUGUUUAACUUCUUUGGUUUGUGGCUUGCCUGAAUAUGGAAAUGGCAUCUUGGAAAUGAACCCUUGAUAUGCCAUACAGUACAGUGCUUUGCAUUUGUUUUUUGCUGCUCUGAACAGUUUGCUUCCACACUUCUUCAUUUUUAAUACUGGAAAGUAUCGAUUUUUAGUUGUUAACGCUUCAAGAUAUGCCUUCAGCCUAGGGCUACUAAGCUAGCUGUGAAUAAAGGUGUUGGGAGUACUGGAUAGAAUAGUAAAUAGUGAGGCCUGGCUUUGUGUAGGCUGUUAGAGCAACAUCUCUGUAAUACCUGAUGGCCAGCUCUAACAUACAUAACACGUGGCUCAGGUAGUCGUCCUCUCCAUUUACUAAAGCUGUCUGUUUCUGUCUCUUCCUCUACCUCCCCAAAUCCACAAUGCAGCCUGUUGCAGGGACAAGUCAUAUUCAGAAAGCUACAAGUAGUCAGUGAUCUUCAUUUUGGCUGCUCAAGUAACUGAUUUAGCAAUAGGAGCAUUUAUAGAGCUGGGAUUAAUCCCUUUGUCAGCGGCAGCAGCAGAGUACAAGUGAGUGUAAGUUGAAUCGCCCCCGCUUCCUCCUGGAAGUUGGAAAAGUGAUGUGCAGAUUGGGAGUGGGGGGCUAUGAAGAAAUACGGCAAAAUCCAGACUGAAGGGCAAGAAGUAUAUGUCUAACUGUAGAUUUGUGGGUUUUUUAGAGAACUCUGAUCUUGAAAGCCUGGGAAUCAGAGGCCCAUCUAGUGCUAAAGUUUUGGGGGACUCUUUCGUAUACCACGAGUUUAUAGAAGAAAAUCUCUCAACCUAGGCACAAUUGAUGUCUUUUUAAAUUAAAGCCAAUGCCAAAUUCUUUCUGUAAUACAGUAGCUGUACUGUGUGUUGUUUCAUUUUCAUGUGACAAUGAACACAGGUUUUUUAAAACUCGAAUGUAAAUAUCUUAAUAAAAGUUUUUGUCUCUUUUAGUGAGGUGAAAAUGCUGUCAAAUAGAAACUAGAAAAUAAUAGUCUUUUUUGCUGCUUUGCCUAGCAGCAAAAUGGAUUGUCUGCUUUCUUUGUAGAUGUUGUUUUAUAAAUUAAAGCUAUCUGAAUGCUU